UAGGCCUUUGGCCCACUUAUCUGCAAGCCCGUAAUUCGUUAUCACACACCAAACUUCAUCGAAGCAGAUCUCGAGAGAGAGAGGGUUGAUCGGAGAUUCAAAAAUGGCGAACUAUCACUUCGUGUACAAGGACGUGGAAGGAUCUUCGACUCAAUGGGACGAUAUUCAGAGAAAAUUGGGAAACCUCCCUCCGAAGCACCAUGCAUUCAAGCCCCCAUCUUUCACGCCCGCCGAGGACGAAGACUCUAAACACAAAGACAAAGCCUGGAUCGAUGAUAGGACUGAAGAACAACUCGAAGAUCUUGAGGACGAUCCCGAUCUCGACGACGAUCGCUUCCUUCAGGAGUACAGUGUCUGCACCACCCUGUUUUUGUAGCUCAGCCUUCUUCUGUGCUCGAAUCAUGGCUCGUCUCGCACGUGGAUGCAUUUCCCGUACUUGUCGAGGAGGCAUCACAUAUGGUUCAAUAGGCCUGUCACCGAAUGGGUG